AUGGAGAUGAUCAGAGGGACAACUCUGAAGACCCUUCUGCUAAUUUCUCUUUCUGUGGUGGCAACGUUAUCAGUAUGUGAAUCACUGCCUCUAUCCACGAAGGGAAGAUGGAUAGUGGACGAUGUGACUGGGCGGCGCGUGAAGCUGAAGUGUGUGAAUUGGAUUUCACACACAGAGAGUACGACAACCAAGGGGCUUCACUCUCAGCCCAUAGGAGACAUUGCUGAUAAAAUCAAUGAAAUGGGUUUCAACUGUGUUCGUCUCACCUACCCUACUUUUUUGUGGACGAGGGUGGAUUAUUACAACAAGACUGUUGCGGAGUCUCUUGAUUCUCUCAAUGUGACUGAGGCCAAGGCCAUGAUCGCUGUUCAGAAUCCUCGGUUCUUGAGUCUUCCCCUCAGGGAAUCGUAUGAACGGGUGGUUGGGGAGCUUGGGAGACGUGGGCUCAUGCUUAUACUUGAUAACCAUGUCAGCAAGCCAAUGUGGUGCUGCGAAAGAGAGGAUGGGAAUGGGUUUUUCGGGGACAAGUUUUUCGACCCAGGGGAGUGGAUUGAGGGCUUGUCACAAGUCGCCAACAGAUUCAAGGACGAAUCCCAUGUGAUCGGAAUGAGCAUGAGGAAUGAGCUUAGAGGCCAGCGUUCAAACCAGAAGGACUGGUACAAAUACAUGAGGGAAGGAGCCAAGGCUAUUCACAGCAUCAAUCCAAACCUUCUUGUGGUCGUUUCAGGCUUGAAUUUUGACAAUGAUCUCAGCUUCUUGAAGAAAAAGCCUUUCGGGUUAACGCUAAAUAACAAGGUGGUGUUUGAGGCACAUUGGUACUCGUUCGACGCCACCGAGCAGUGGAAUGACAAGCCGCCGGAGCAGGAGUGCAAAGACCGAGCACGAGAGUUCUAUAGAGACGCAGGUUUCCUUACAGAGGGAGAUAACCCGGCUCCUUUGUUUAUAAGUGAGUUUGGUAUGGAUUUAAGAAUGGGCAAUGUGGCUGAUAACCGAUACUUCAACUGCUACCUCCCCACUGUUGCUGCUAAGGACCUCGACUGGGCGCUGUGGACUUUGCAAGCUAGUUAUUACUACAGGCAGAGGAAGAGGUUUACUCAGUGCUUGAUUUCAACUGGGAAAAGCCUCGGAAUCCACAAUUCUUAG